AUGAAAAACCAUCUUGCUCUCGGCCUGAUGGCAGGCGCUGCGAAUGCAGCCUUGUACGAGGAUGUCAUUACUACCAAUUUCGGACAAGUUCAAGGCUACCCUGCAUUCAACUCGACCCCCAGUGGCAAUCUUACCAAUUGGAAGGAUAUCACUGUCUGGAAAGGCAUUCCAUAUGCUGCCUCGACUGCUGGAAAGAACAGAUGGGCAGCUCCCAAGCCUGCCCCCAACUGGAAUACAACCCUCUACGCAAAGAGCUAUGGCGACAUUUGCCCUUCCACCUCAUCCAGUCCGGGCUACACCAUCUCCGAAGACUGUUUGAACCUCAACAUCUGGACUUCGGCUACCUCCACCAAGCAGAAGCGCCCCGUUGUCAUGUGGAGUUACCCAGCUUAUUCGACUGCCGCAGACUCGCUUUUUGACGGUUCCGGAAUGGCCGAUGCUGGCAUUGUCUAUGUCAACUACAACUAUAGAACUGGCGCUCUAGGUUGGUUAGCUCAUCCUGAGCUCUCUCAAGAGCGCGUUGAUACCGUUGGGUUCAACAGCUCCGGAAAUUAUGGUAUGCUCGAUCAGUUUGCCGCUCUGAAGUGGAUCAAGGAGAAUAUUGAAGCAUUCGGUGGUGAUCCCGACCACAUUACUGUCAUGGGUCAAUCUGCCGGAUCUGCUGCGACACAACAUAUCCUAAACAGUCCAUUGACAAAAGGUCUCAUUGUUGGUGCCAUCAUCGAGAGUGGUGUCCGCGACCCUCACGACCCUCUUUGCGAAACUCUUGCUGAGAAUUACCGCAACCUCACUUUCGCUCUCGGUCAAGGUGUGGACUAUCUUGCUGACAAGAAUGCUUCUACCAUCGCCGCCGCUCGCAAUAUGAACUACACGGCAUUUGUUGACUCGGACUUUCCUCCCACCUCAUCGAGCUGGACUUUUACGGCCACCCUGGAUCACUAUGCACUGCCCAACACUUACGAAGACACGCUGCUGAAGGGUGCUGCAAAUGACGUGCCCAUCAUUACCGGUAACACUCGCGAUGAAAGUGGUGCCACUUAUGGUCUUAACAUCACCAUCGCUGAAUAUCUUGCUGACCUCAACGCAACUUACUCUGGCGAAUGGAUCGACAAGUUCCUGGAGCUCUACCCAGCUAACAAUGCUUCUCAAGCCUCCGCAAGCGAAAACGCACAAUUUACCGACCGUUCAAUCAUUGGUACAUGGCUUUGGGCCAGGAAAUGGAAGCAAGCAGCCAAAAGCCCUGUCUAUACUUACAUCUGGGACCAUGCACCUCCUGGUCAAACUCAAGGCGCGUAUCACGAGUCUGAGAUCAACUACGUCCUCAACAACCUUUAUGGUACUGAUUCUCCUUGGACUGACAAGGAUUAUGAGAUUGCUGCUACAAUGAAUGCUUAUUGGGUCAACUUUAUCAAGACUGGAAACCCAAAUGGUCAGGGGCUUACUGAGUGGCGUGAGAGUAGCAAUGAGGAAGUUACCCAGCGUCUCGGUGAUGGCUUCGAGUCUGUGCCAUUGACUGAUCCUGAACGUGUCAAGCUUAUGGAAGAGUGGCUUUUGACACAGCCUAUCUGGUAA